GCUAAUGACAUCUCGCCCCAAAAAAUCAGGAGCAAAAGUAGGGAUACCAAAAAAGCUUAUAUCUAAUUGUUAUCCUAUAGAAUAACUUAAAAAAACAAUCAACUCUUAAGAUUUAGUUUGCUUUUAGUAUGAUGUUUAAUUCAUACCUGAAAUAGAAGCUGAUAACCGUGACUUAAGAUACAAAAUUUUUUAAUGUGCAAAAUCCUAAAUUGAAUAUUUAAUAGGAAAAUUUUCGUUUUCAGGUUAGAGUCUAUAUAUUUUAAAAGAACUUAAUUAAGAAAAUAUCAACAAAGUAAAUACUAUACCUAAUAUCAAAGAUAACAACACUACAUAUUAAUUAAGACUAAAACUAGUUCAAAAGUUUACUUUUAAUGAGGCAGAAGCCAUGAAUGAAGGUUCUUUAGUCCAAAAAAAGUCUAAUAGAGUUAUUUAACUAAUCAACAUAAUAAUAAAAGACGCUAUGAGAUAAUAACUUAAUUUCAAAGAAAUUGGUAGAAAUUCGAAAUUUUUCGAUACCUCUUAAGAUUAUACUAUUAAUGCUUUUAAAAUUUUGAAAGGGACUACUUGUUCCGUAUAACCUUCUGUUUCAGGCCUAAAUUUAAGGGUAGACUAUGCAUGUAGAGUUUUAUAAACAGAAACUGCCUUGUAAGUUAUAAUGAAAAUUCAAAGAUAAGGAACAGAUGAUUUUAAAAACUAAAUAAAAUAGGCAUUCUAAGAUGUAUCUGUUAUAACUGAAUAUAAUAAUUAUUAAAUCUACAAAAUCGAUGAAGUAGAUUUCAAUCAAUCACCAUAAAGUUUAUUUUAUCACAAAAAGAAUAAUACGAAAAUAUCAUUUGAAAAUUACUAUUUUUAAACUUAUUAAAUUAAAAUUAAGGAUAAAAAGUAACCACUUCUUCUAUCUAAAAGAAAGAGAAAAUAAGGAGAUAAGGUCAUAAUUGAUGAUAUAUAUUUAAUCCCAGAACUUUGUUUUAUGACUGGUAUGACGGAUAGAUAACGUAGCGAUAAAACACUAUUAAAAUAAUUAUCUUAAUAUACUAAACUGGACCCUUAAAAAAGAUAAUAAGAAAGUUCUAAUAUGGUUAAAAAACUAGCAUAACCUGUAAAAUAAAGUGGUAUUUUAUUGAAUACAUAAGAUCCUUUAGUUGAUUCUGUGUAACUGUUUCCGCCUAAUAUUUAUUUUGGAAAAGGGAUUUUGAACCCUGAGAAAGGAAAUUUCGAUGUAAGAUAACCAAUAAAAAGCCCAGACUGCAAGUUUUAAGACUACAUAAUAAUUUAUUAAAGGAAUGAUUAAAUCUAAGCAGAUAAUCUUUUCAAUUGUAUGAAAAAAGUUUCAGGAUCUUAUGGAAUAUAAAUCCAAGAGCCUAUAUGGUUUGAAAUGAAUUCAAAUGAUGUAAAUGUAUGGAUAAAAUAAUUAGAUGAUGAUUUUCGUAAAAACGGUAUCCCUUAAUUUGUUAUAUCUAUAUCCUAAUAAUCUCAUACAUAUAAUAAAUUAAAAGAUUUUUUAUACAAUGAAGUAGGGCUAGAACAUUAAAAUUUAAAAGGAAGUUCUUUAUAAAAAAAUCAAAUGAGUGUAGUAUCGAAAAUAGUACUAUAGAUAGCCUCCAAAUUGGGAUAUUAAUUAUGGACAACUGAAAAGCCUAAAGAAAUUUCGAAAAAUACCAUGAUUAUUGGAAUAGAAACUUCUAUAAAGAAUGUUUUUGUGGGCAAAAAAAUUAACAAUGUUGUUGGGAUUGUGGCUUCUUUGAAUCCUGAAUUUUCUAAAUUUUACAAUGAGGUGGAAAUGAGAUAACCUGGAGAUACACAAUUGAAUAAUUUGACAGAAGUUAUAAAGAACUCUCUUUUAGCAUAUAAAAAUAAAAAUAAAGAGCUUCCUGUUGAAAUUAUUAUUUACAGAUAAGAAUAAGGUGAAGGCCAAAUACAGGGCUCUCUUAAGUUUGAAAUUUAAGCUAUACAAAGAAGUUUUGAAAUUAUUAACAAAUAAUAUUAACCUAAAUUUGCUUAUUUCUAAGUAAAUAAAAAAAUCACUGAAAAGUUUUAUUCUUUUGAUCAAUCAAAUAUAAUUAAAAAUCCUAAUUCUGGAACAAUUGUAGCUUCGGAUCAAGUUGUUUCUAAACAUUUCGAAUUUUUUUUAUGUGCACAAAAUUGUAAUAGUGGAGUUUGUACACCUACUAAGUACUUGUGUUUGUAUAAUAGUUUAUUAUUUAAAGAAGAAACAUUCUGGUAACUAACUUAUUGGUAAUGCUUCAAUUAUUACAAUUGGUCAGGUCCAGUAAGAAUACCAGGAUGUAUGAUGUAUGCAGGAAAACUAGCAAAAUUUACGGCAGAAGUAUUAUAAGGAUGUGCACAUGAAAAUCUUAAUAAUAGCUUAUAUUAUUUGUGAAAUUUAUUUUUUAUAAAAUAUUUAUUUUACAAUUUUUUAUUUUGAUUUUUAUUUUACUUUUUUUUUUUUGAUUUGGAUAUUUUAUUGGAAUAAAAUAAUAUCAUUAUUUUCAAAAAAUAGUUUUUUAUUAUAUAGAAAAAAAGUUCAUAUAGAAAGAGACUGUUUUUUGAGAAAAAUAAAAUAUAUAAUAUUUUAUUGAUAUAUGAAAGUAAAAUAAACUUAAAUUGGAAAAAUAAAACGAAAAUUAGAAUUGAAAUAAAUAAAAAAAUAAUAUAUAAAUAUAUAUAAUAAUAAAUAAAAAAAAAUUAUAAAUUAUAAAUAUAAAAUUGAAAAAUUAUUAUGAAUUAGAUAUAUU